GAGCUUCGAUUGUCGUCAAGUGGGUUCCCACCAUUGCAUAGAAUUGCAUCACAUGGAUCAAAAUCCACAUUGCGACACGAUGUAAAUUUCUACAGACCAUACUUCGUUGCGGCCCUGCAGAUAAUGACGCAGGAUACUGUAGAGUCCGGUAAUCCAGGCCAGAAUGGCUCAAACAGCAGUCCAGUACGUCGCGCAGUGCGAUCCAAGAAUGGGUGUUUGACUUGCAGACGACGGAAAGUCCGCUGCGACGAAAAUCGACCGCACUGCGGUCAUUGUCAGCGACUAAAUCUGGCAUGUCAAUGGCGUAUGUCCUCUGCCACGACUGACGGCGCUACCACAAGCUCCGAUGCAAGACCAAGUCCUGCGGCACCGAGAACGCACGCCAGACGCCCCCGUGAGGAGCGCGUAUCCAACCCACAAAAUGCCAGCACACCUUGCUUACGUCGCGCCAUGAGAGGUCUCGGGAGUCAACAGGCACAGGGGCAUGCACCCGCAACGCUCCAGGCCUCGGGCGUCGACCAGUUCUUUGACUACGCCACAUUUCUUUGGACUGAUGGGGGACUCUUGGGCCACACGGAACUUGAGCUUGAUAGUGACUGGAUGACACCCGACAACCAAGGGCAUGUUGAUUUGGAUUUUUCGCUGGUUUCAUCGGCCACCCGGCCAUCGGAGAGCAGAGCUGUCAGGCACACAGGCCAGUCACUCAGUCCACCGGCUGCACCCGGCGAUGAAACGGCGCUUCAAGGUGCGGACGGCGACUUGUUGAGAUAUUUUGUCAACUCGGUUGUUCCGCCACUUCUGGAGGUUGAGACGCAGAAGAAAUGGAAUACCAUGAGGCAUGUCCUUCUUUCCAUGGCUACCACAUCUUCCAUGGUUCGAUCCGCGAUCCUGGCAUUCGCAAGCCUGUUGCGAUGCCGCCGAGAGACGCCGUGGAUGCAAACAACACAGGUCCACUACCAGGCUGCAAGUGACGAACUCGCUCGCGCCGGAGAUACAUCCGACCAAGAUCUGGUAAAGUACAGCAAAAAGCGAAAGGAUCUGCUGGCCACGCUAUUCUUUCUUUGCUAUAUCGACAUUCUAGAGGAAAGGAUGGACACAACGCAUGCAAACCUCAAGCGUGCCUACGAGGUGUUUAGUCUUGGCCAUGGAAGUGACUUUGAUCCUGUGGAAAUGCAGAUACUCUCCUGGAUUCGUCUUCUGGACGCCCGUGCUGUGUCGGCAGGAGGCGAUGGCCUUUUCCUGAACGACAAGGAUGAGAAUUUGCUCGUGCAGCCCUCGCCGGCAACAGCUGACAACCCGGAUGACGAGCUGACACAUCCCAGUAAUGAUAUUGAGGACGUUCUAUUUGAGUUGCUGUACCAACCGGGUCAUAUCUUUUACCAAAAAGUCCAAUCGUUCAUGGGCCGCAUCUCAAAGAUUGAUCCAUGGCACCGGACUCGCGGCACCGUUGAGGAUGAAACCGAGGUGAUGAACAUCGCAGCGGCCAUUCUUAAAGACCUACGUGCUCUUUACGAUAACAGACCCAAGUUGAUGGAUCAUGCCGUCGCUGGGCAACUAAAAGCGCCACACGUGAGCUUCGAAAUAGCAGCUUCAGUGACACGAGCGUUCCGAGCAUAUCUCGCCAACUUCCACGCCAGCAAGGUCCAUCUUCAUCGUGUGGCAUACAAGCAACUUCCAUUGACGGCUGAUACGAAGGACGCACUUGUGCAGAUCCGUCUUCUGGCACAACUCAUGGUCGACGAGUUCUCCGACUCUGAUGGGCAACUCUCGCCGGGGCAACAAAAUACCGCGUCGACGGGGACCGAAACGGGUCCGGAGGGAACUUUGAUCAGCGGUCCGCUGGGGCAAACGUCAGAGUCGCUCCCGGUUACGUUGUUAUGGCCGCUGCUCAUGUUGGGCUCCGAGGAGAAAGACCCGAACGAGCGAGAGUGGAUCCGAGGGCAGAUUAUUAGGAUGGAAAAGGUGGCGUCAAAUGCCAGGGCCACAGCGCAAGUUCUGGAAGAGGUUCAACGACGUCAAGAUUUGACGAAUACCCGCCAGGACAUUCGGUCUGUCAUGCACGCCGUGUUCAGUCGGGAUUGGGCUAUUGUGUAAGGAUCAGUUCAGCGAUACUAGGCCACAAAACCUCCUCAGUACAGGAACAAUUCCGAGCUGGAUUAGUUGACUGCCGUCAGACAGUCCAUACGGUGAGCAUGUCUGCCCGCAUUGGCAAAAGUCUCCCGAGUCUCUGGAGUAGCGAAUGUCACUUAAUUGGGCCCGACAAAUUUCGCUAUAGAGCCAGGAUAUGGUCGGCUCGUGGUUUGCCGACCGAGAAACGACCCGAUCGGCAGUGUUACCGAGGGCCUUCUCCGCACAACUCCGCACCUCUCCGCAUAUCGUCUCUUCCACAGCAACGACAACGGCGCGAGUCAACAAUCUGGGGUUUCUCCAUGGGGUAAAAUACCGGCCUGCAGGAUCUCGCGUGAUUUCCACAUGGGGGUACUGAUGAAAGUGGUCGGAUAUGGCCCGAAACCGCUUGUUGUGGGGGCGGCGGUCUGUCCACCUCCUCAUCUGCUGGGUGGUGUAAUAAUUAGAUGCCCUUUAUAAAUAUCAUGGCGAGGACACGUUUGCUCUUCCG